AAGGGGAUAAAAAUAGGGCGAACUCCAAGAGUUAAAAGGGAGGCUAAAUUUUUUUACUUGUCGCUUGCUCACUUCCUUCCUCCCUCUAAUUUGGGUUUGCGUUUGAAGAGGAGCUCUCGAAGCUGAGAUCAAAUGGAUGACUCAAUGAAGCAAUUACAAGAAAAGCUUAUUGAGGUUGAAAUUGAAGGUGAAAGUCUUUUAUUAGCUCGGCAACAGUUAGUUGAAAAUGAUAGAGCGAGGAAUGGGAACAGAGAAGCAUUAACUGCACUAAGGAGGAGGGCCAAGACAACAAAAACUAGCGUUUCUACACCUUUUGAGUCGAUAAUGAGGAAUGUUGAAUCAAGACCAUUGGUGAAAGAGGUUUGUUUAACCUGUGGUAAUCAUGAUUCAAAGGAGAAGACUUGGGUCAUGUCCCCGGGAACUGACGUAUUUGCCAAUAUUCCUUUUCAUGCUGCCCAUACCAUUCUUGAGAAAGAUCAAACUCUACUUGAUUACGAAGCUAAGAAACUUCAGAGCGUCGUAAAGGAGAAGUCUUUAUGGAUAUCUGAGCAAGGAGUUCUUGCAGAUAGGAUUAGUCCUGGUGUCCUCAGAUCUAUGGUGACCUUAAGUGACAAACCAAAGACUGGGCAGAACGAAUAAUCAACUUCGGUAAUAAAUUGCAUAUGGGGGUAAAUCCUGUAUUCCCUACCUCUUUGCGCAUGUGCGCAUUUGUACUUAACACACCAGCUUGUAUCCACUGGUAGCAUUUGCAUCCAUCAAGAAAUAGGUUGUAGUUUGAAGGUGGUGAAGCUUAUCUUUCUUUGUCGAUUGAUCAGUAACUCGCAGCAUAUAGCAAGAGAGACUCUUCAGGUGCUUUCAGCAGUUGAAGUUUAAUUUAAAACUGGAAAAAGCAAUAUUAUUGACGGUAGAGUUAGUGUGUAGCUAGCUGGAAAUCUUGAGUGGAGGUAAGCCUAUCUUCCUAAAGUGGAAUCGACUUGUAAACCUGAUGUGUAUACCCCUUAUGGCACGAGAGUCGUUUGUUAACAUGCUAUUAGCAACAUUCAAAGAAAUGCUGUUAGCAACAAAAAGUCAACCAGCAUUCGAACUUUUGUAUCGUCACAUUAUGUAGCAAUCUUCCUUCAUCCCAUGCUGUGGGGGAGAAUGUUUAUUUCAGAUACCAUGAUUAAGCUUCCUUGGUA